AAGACAGGAAAGUUAGAGUCCAAGAGAGUUGUAGAUGCUUCAUUUGCAUAGAUAAUUCAUGAAUUAGCUAGAUGUCUUCGGUGGAAAAAUCUCUCAUAGAGACUGAGUUAAUAGAAGAGAAAUCUGAGACUAUCAAGAAAGAUUCUAAAGUCUCUUGGUUUAUUUGUUUCAAUGGAUGGUUGACCCAAAUCUUGAUUUUGGGGGUCUUACAUGGAUUCGGCGUGUUCUUCGUGGAAUUUACGAAGGACUUCAAAUCUUCAAAAUCAAAAGCUGCAUGGAUUGGUUCUCUAGCAUAUGGAUUGUCUAUGACGUUUGGACCUAUAGCUUCGAUGUUGGUAAACAGAUUCGGCAACAGAGUGGUAAUGGUAUUUGGAGCACUUCUUUGCUCGGCAUCGAUCUUAACGGCUUCGUUUGUCCAUUCAAUAGAGAUGUUGUUUGUUACAUUUUCCGUCUUCUAUGGUAUUGGGACAUGCCUAUGUAUAACUCCCAUUAUGACUAUUGCCACACAAUACUUCGACAAGUACCUGACUAUUGCUGUCGGUAUCAUGACUGCCGGAAGUAGCUUUGGAACCCUCAUUUACGCGCCGAUGUCUCAAGCCUUCAUUGAUGCCUAUGGUUGGAGAAAUACAUUCCGGUGCUAUUCCGGACUCUGUGCGCUUAGUGCUAUUUGUUCAUUGUUCAUCAAACCAAUUUCGAACCAAAAGAAAACUGACGAGCAGAAGUUGAAGCAAUCACCAAUUCGUUCGAUAAUUCAGGAUCUAAAACUCUGGAAGAAUCGUGUGUUUGUAAUUUGGACAAUAGCCAUCACCCUAGUUAUGUUUGGAUUCUACAUUCCGUACGUUCAUUUGGUGGCGUAUGCAGAAGACUGUGGUAUUCCUCCCGAAAAGGGCGCCAUAUUUAUCAUGAUGCUUGGAGCUUGUACAGCAUUUGGUCGGAUACUGUUUGGAAAAAUCAUCCAGUAUGGCUAUUUGAAUCGUCUUGCCAUGCACCAGUUUUCGAUGGUUGUAACUGGGACCGGGGUAAUGCUAUUACCUUAUUUGAAAUCCUUCACUGGAAUUUCAGCUUAUGUUAUUUGUAUUGGACUAGUGGAUGGCUGCUAUGUUGUCUUAUUACCUGUCCUUACUGCAACCUUGGUGGGUGUUGACAACACAGUGUUAGCCUGGGGUUUCUUGGUUGGUACCAGUUCAGUUACAUUUACAGCAGGACCACCCUUAGCAGGUGCUUUGUACGACAUGAUGGGAUCAUAUGACCUUGCAUUCCACUUGGCAGGUCUCCCAAUCAUUGGCGGAGCGUUGGUUUUAUUCCUGAUACCUUGGGCACAGCGUACGUCAGAAACUAAUAAUGUCAUGAUUGCUGUUAGUGAGUACAACGUGGCAGACGACUAUGAUUUCGGUGACGACGUUAUUCUAGAGUCACGGGCACUUCGCAAUCGCGAAAAUUCUUCGUCAGCAACGCUUACCGAUCUGGUUCGCACUAAAGAUCUCAAGACUAAAGGCCAAACCAGGUUUAAAACAAAACGAUACAAAGACCAAGAAACAUCAACAUCGCCAACAUCUAUCCAUGUCCCAAUCGAUAUUAAUGAAGCCUUAGCCAUGUUCCAUGAGAAUGCACAGAUGAUAGCAACACUCCUGGAAACUUCUUCAGGUCAUCUUAUUUCCCAAACGUCUGCUGCUAAAAGUUCAGAAAAGUCCAGAAGUGAUAUGAUACAGAAUAUGUCCGUUGGAACCAGUGGACCAACGCCUCAUAAUGUGAUUAGCAUAAUGUCGGUCCCCGGAGGUGUGGCUAUUGGAACGUUUGGUGGAAACGUUGCGCAGUAUCCGUCAGAGUCUUCAAGUUCCAACAUUUUUAUCAAUCCAAACAGCCAACGAAUGCAAACUCAGACUUCGGAUGCCACGUCACAGCGAUCGAGGACAUUUGACGACCCAUAUCGAGUAGCUUCAGAUAUGAUUAGUCCAGUAUCUAGCAAAGUGUAUCAAAUUCACCAUCUUCUGUCACCAGAAGGUACAGAGGAAAAGCAAAAUGUAACCACUCAUGCCGAGGACAACACCCCUGUCACCUCACCGCAUGAUACCACCAUUUCUGGUCAUAUGUCACGGCUUAUAACUUCUCUGGUCAGUCCAAGCAUGAUACACGAUAAGGAGACAUCAAAAUCACAGACUGAAUAUACCGCGUCAGGACAACAAUCUCCUUUUGACAACAAUUAUAUUCAUAAUACGUGUGUAUCUCCUUGUUAUAUUUCGUCGCCACCUAAACUACAAUCAAUACCAGAAAUACCCGUCCCAAGGAAAGAAAAAGCAACUGGCGUGACAGGAAAACAUUUUGUGUCUGAAAAACGGACUUCUAGUUCUGUAGACCAUAAUGCAGAAGUUCACAAUACUACACCGACGUCAUGUGCUUGGGUUGGUGAUUCAUCAAGCGAACCUACAAUGUGUACUAAAGUUGCGUCUGUUUCUAGCUCGUCGUCAACGUCUCACGGGAACGGGGAUCGCAGUGCCGAAACAAAACAGACUGUUAGUGAACUGGAUGUAUUUACCCACUUAUUUACAGAUGAUAAUGUGUAGUCAAAAUGUUUUGUACAUCGAGCGCAGUAUAAAAUACUCAAUCGGCGUUUUAUAAAGGAGCACU